AUGACAACGCGCGCCCCCACGUGGCGAAGGAGAUCCAGCAGAAGUUGGCGACGCGCGGCUGGGAGACGGUAUUCUUCGGACCUCGCUUCCUCCGAUUACCACUUGCUCCGCCCGCUCGAGCACCAUUUGGCCGGAAGAAAAUUCACCAAUUACGACAGCCUAAAAUCCGACUUCGCGGACUUCUUCGAGUCGCAGCCCCCGGAGUUUUGGGCGAAGGGCAUCGGCGACAUGCUCAAUCGUUGGGCCAUUGUCGUGGAUAACUGUGGUUAUUAUAUUGUUGAUUAG